AUGGCAUAUGAUAGAUACUUGGCCAUCUGCCAGCCACUGCAUUAUUCACUAAUUAUGUCAAAGUACCACUGUAUAUGUCUUGUGGCAAUUUCAUAUAUUACUGGAUUCCUUCACUCAAUAAUUCACACUGCUGCCACAUUUAGCUCUCCUAUGUGUCAAACAGACAUUUAUCAUUUUUUCUGUGAUAUCCAGCCACUGUUGAAACUUUCCUGUAAGGAAACACUUACUAAUGAAAUACUCCUAUACACAUUCACAGGGUUCCUUACCUUUGUUUGCCUUUUGGUCAUUGUUUUAUCUUACAUCUGCAUCCUAAACACCAUUUUGAAAAUGUAUUCUUCAGGAGGAAGAUGCAGAACAUUCUCAACUUGUUCCUCUCACCUUGUAUCUGUCUCAUUAUUCUAUGGUAGUGUUCUCUUCAUGUAUAUGAGACCCAACUCUAGCUACCAUGAUCAUGAUAUAUCAGCAUCUGUAUUUUAUUCACUUAUUAUACCAAUGCUAAAUCCGUUUAUUUACAGUUUAAGAAAUAGGGAAGUUAAAAUGGUAUUCAUGAAAAAGAUUGCAGUAAAAAUGUAUUGUAAUGCCAUAUGA